CAGAUAGCUAUGUGUCGUACAAAGAAAAGCAAAAACAAAAUAAAACGAUAAGCUUUUGAACAUCGUAUACAUAAUAAACAGUAUUGUGGGCUGCAGUGCAACAUUGAUUUUUGUAAUAUUCCUGUAAUUGUGAUAAACCAACAGUUUGGAAAAUAAAUACCUAUAUAUUACACAAAUGAUUGAGUACUUAAAUGACGAUUGCCUCAGCGAGAUAUUCCGAUAUCUUAGCAUCAAAGAGCAGCUGAUUGUGACAGCUGUCAACGAGCGCUUUUGCAGCAUAAUAAUUGAGCGCUUUUGGCGCAUUAAAUUCAACAAAUUCACCACUAAAGGUGAUGCGAGUUGUGAUGAGCUUAAUUUAACGGAAUUUCAAAUAUUCUACCGCCUAAUAGCGCCACACAUAAAAGAACUAACCGUACAUAGCACAGCAAAUGUGGCAUUCACCAGCUACCUGGGACGCUACACUAAACGUCCAGAUCUUGCCUUCUACUUCCAUUUCGAGUAUCCAGAAUUACGUGUACUACGCUGUUAUGAUCAACAAUUCCACGCUGGCUAUCUAACCAGUUUGAUACGUAAAUGUCCGCAGCUGGAGGUGCUCAAGCUGAUCAGUUCGUAUGUGACGGGCGAACACUUGGCCGAUUUCCAGCAACUACGUGAACUCUAUGUGACCAGCAAUAAAUUGGAACCGAAAUAUUUUCAUGCAAUUUUCCAUCAUAAAAAACUGACACGUAUACAGUUAACUGGCGAGUGUACCGUUAAACGUGACAUGGAUGCUGUGCUUAAGUCGAUUUUACCAAGAAUAUCGGAAUUGCGUUACUACGAUGAGGAAGAGCAUUUAACGACGCAACAGUUCUUUGCGGAAUCGACGCCAUUAUUUCGAAAUUUGGAAAAAUUAUAUUGCCAACGUCUGUUGAGCUUCGUCUACUCGCUACAAACGCUGCGGGAGUUACAUUUCGAAUGUCAUGUACAGUUGGAUGAUUUAUUUGCUCUAGUCCAUAACAAUAUACACCUGGAACAACUAUAUCUGGGGCUGAAUUUUAGUGCGCUAUCGAAGUCACGCGAAUGGGUAUGCGAACUAUCCGAUUUGGUGAGGAAACAAGAGCAACAGCGCAAGCGAGAGCUCACCAUACACUUGGAAAGGGCGCAAAAAGCGAUACAGCAAUUGCAGCAGGUGGUGGAGGAUCACGAUUUACAACAUGGCUACCUCAAACCUGCUAUAAAAAUACGAAAACUACCCAUCGAUACGUCGCAGUUCCCGAUUUUGAUUAGUAAAAGUGGCAUAGAAAUUGCGCUUAAAAGGAAUUUCAAUUAAAUUAAAAAGAAAAGCUGUUAAUCAGAAUCAUUAAAAAAUGUUUGAAAAUAAUAAGACUUUGAACGCUAAUUAGUUUUUUGUAUAUAAUAUUUAAAGUCAGGCGCCUUUCUGUGAUUAAUGCAAAUAUAAAAAAAGAUCACAAAUUCAUUGCAAAAUAUAAAACGAACAUUUUUAACGAUAAUUUAGUAAAAAGAAAUUUUGCUUAAACUUGAGGUUUAUUAAUU